UUUAACAGCAAAGGCUUCAAAGCGUGUCCUCUCUUUCUACAGUGCCCGAUUCUGCCUUUGGGUCAGCCUUUCCAGCAAGCAAAGAGGCUGCAGGGAAGCCUUGGACUUGGAGAUCCAGACGUAUGUAACCUGGAAAUAUUUUCUGGUUCUUCUGGAGUUUUAAGUAUCUUGUCUGGGAAGAGAGCUGAAUGGCCUUGGAAAAUUUCGCCAGACCUCUUGUGAACAGAAAGACCUGUGGAGAUCCAAGGGUCCAUUUUGGAGCUGUAUUAAAGACCAGAGAGAAGAUGAAGGGACAACCCCCAGUAGAUGCCGAAAUUAGAAAAGGCCCUCCAGCUGCUCUGCCUUGGAGAUGUGGGACGAAUGGGGCAAUGAAUCCUGGGCAGAAGAGCCACGAAGAGGCAUCUAAUAGUUCAGACGUCCAAUGCUGCCACUUCAGAAAAGUGCAGUUCCAUGAGGGGAGCCGUCCUCGAGAUGUUUGCACUCAGCUUCACUACCUUUGUCGUCAGUGGCUGCAACCAGAAAAACACACCAAGGCUCAGAUGCUGGACCUGGUGCUCCUGGAACAAUUGCUGGCUGUGCUUCCCCCAGAGAUGGCAAAAUGGGUGCGGGAGUGUGGAGCAGAGACCAGUUCCCAGGCGGUGUCCCUGGCUGAAGGCUUCUUGCUGACUCAGGAGGAGGAAAACAUGCAAGAAGAGUUGCAGAAAUGCAGGCAAGCUGUGACUGAGUAUCCCAAGGGGAGGAAAGAUACAUUCAGAUCUUCUCAAGACUUGCUCUUCAGGGAGAACUUCCAGGGAGAUCAAAGUCAAGGCGCUACGCAAGAGAGUAGAAAGCUGUCCUUGGACUUUUUAGAAUCACCUCUGUGUGCUGGAGCUGAAGUAUUAGCUGAACCGCUACUUCAGGAUAUUGUUUCUUUUGAGGAAGUGGCUGUUUAUUUCUCCGAGGAGGAGUGGGCUCAACUGGAUGCUGACCAAAAAGAGCAUUACAGAGAAGUCAUGCUGGAGAAUUCCAGGAAUCUCUUUUCUCUGGGCUUUAAUGGGCAAGAGAAUAAGAAUUGCGAGGAGGCACACCAAGCAAUCCAUUCAAAAGUGGGGGAAAGGAAAUUUGUAGAUCAGAUGCAACCGAAGAAUGAUGAAACAAAGCAAUUACAAAGUGGAAUUAAGAGAAGUCUUCCUCUGGUCAAUUGGCUUUCUAACCAUACAAUGAUUGAUACAGAAGAAAGACCAUAUAAAUCCAUGGAGUGUGGAAAAUGGUUUAAUAAAUUCGAUCAUCUCAUUUCUCAUAACCAGACAUAUUCAGAAGAGAAACAAUUUACUUGCAUGGAGUGUGGAAAGACCUUCUCUUACAGUUGCUAUCUUAUAACCCAUCGAAGGAUCCACACAGGAGAACGACCGUAUAAAUGCAUGGAGUGUGGGAAGACCUUUACUCGUAGCAGUCAUCUUAAAACCCACAGGAGGAUCCACACAGGAGAAAAACCGUAUCAAUGCAUGGACUGUGAUGAGACCUUCUGUUAUUAUAAGACUUUUAUAGUCCAUCAAAGGAAUCACAGAGGAGAAAGUCCUUAUAUAUGCAUGAAAUGUGGAAAAACCUUUACUUGUAGCAGUAGUCUUAAAUCUCACAAUUUGAUCCACACAGGAGAGAAGCCAUAUCAAUGCAUGGAGUGUGGAAAGAGUUUUAGGAAGAGUGGUAAUCUUAAUUCCCACAAGAGGAUCCACACAGGAGAGAAACCAUAUCAAUGCCUGGAGUGUGGGAAGGCUUUUCGUCAGAGUAGUAAUCUUACCUCCCAUAAGAGGACCCAUACAGGAGAGAAACCAUAUGUGAGAAAUGAUAUAAGUUUGCUAUAGUUAUUCCUGCAAAGAUAAACCAUAUGGACUCCAUAUUUAGCCUAAGAAUGAACCAAGAUAACAUGCUAAGUAACAGGUCUUAUUUUUGACGAAAACAUUUUUUUUCCUGAUUUUGCAAGAACAUUGUUAGCAGGGCACAUAAUAAUUCUUGGGUCAUUGGGGGAUUUUUAGCGGAGACAUUGGGGAUUUUUGGAA